GAUGUAAUUUCUUGAAUUAAUUGUGUAGGAAAUAUUUAACUGUGCAGUGGAUAUCAUAAUCAAACAGCGACGUUGAUGCCUUUUGCAAAGGUUUUUUUUUUUGUUGUCUGGGUAUAGUAUAUAGCACGUACCACUACUGUGAAAGAUGAAUACAGCAAGAACUUUUCUGUUUUUGUUCUUUAUUUUUUUCCAGAAGUUCCAUCGGUUGGUCUGAGAACCGUUAUGUAUAAACAUUUAAUAUAUAGCUUCUGAUUCCGCACAAGAGGAUGCCUAGUGUCCAGUCUUCAAUCUGCAAUAAUGCGGAUUAUCUGUGGAUGUCCCUCCUGGCUUUGGGGUUUCGGCCGGGUGACGCCGCCGCUUCAAUCGGCAAACCUACUAGUCAUGUCGGCCUUGGCGUGCAUAUGUUUGACAAACCCAACAAGGAUGCUUUUUACAUUGUAGCCCACUUCUUAUUUGAAAAAUUGAACCCCACACGUGCCAAUGAUGUGUUCAGGUUUUGCUGGCCUCCAUUGGAUAGAAAGACUGAUGCAGAGUUUCGUAAGAUGAGCUAUGGAUGGCUUCAGGAAAUCUAUAAUGAAUGCGAGGGUUGCUUUCCCAAAAUUGUUGCUUCUUUAUUUCUUUCUCCGGGUGGUGCCAAGUUUAUUAAUCUGAUCUUCCACUUUGCCAAGUAUGUUGUGAUGCAGGUCAUAAAGAAACAUGUCAGGGCCGAUGAUACAUGGGAAGCAGAAGUUGCAGGUUCAAAGGCUCAGUAUUUGGAGACAAAAAAAAUGAGAUGUCAACUUGUAAAAAACAGAUUUCAACAAGCAGCCUUGAGGCAAGAUAAUGUGAUCCAGGAGUACCAGAAAAAAGCACAGUCAUUGGUAAAAUCUAUGAGGGAUCUAAGAGCUGAAAGUGUUGAAUAUGAUAAUUUGCAGAAACUGAAAAAUGAUCAAGACGACCAAGAAAGAGGUCUUCGAGCUGGGAAGAUUAAAAAGGUUCGAUCCCUCUGGGCAUGUUUAAAUGAAGUAAUUUCCCAUCUGGAAGAUGAAAAAGAGGUUGUGGACUCGGUUGUUAAAGGCAAUGUUGACCAGUACACUCUUGAUGGCACUGAUGUUUCGGUAAAGGUUCCAAGGUUGUUGCUGGAAAAGAUUGAAAACUCUGUGCACACAUUACACACUGGAAAUCUGUAUGAAGCUGGGAAUAUAAAUUUCAUAAGAAUCAUUGAGCUAUUGAACGAUGCCCUGAAGCUUCUCUGUGAAGAGCAGUUGCGGACAGGCCCCUGUAAAGUGGAGUUAGAUGUGCAGUUAAUUGAGGGACAAAUGAAGCUCCAGACUAAAACUUUACAGGGUUUGAAACUCUUGAGGGAGAAAAUUACAAAGGAGGCUCUCCCUGAUGUAAAAGCAUCGAUACUUGAAAAAGAAAAGGCCUGGGAUAAGAAGUGGGAAGAACUGUUGAAGCAGAAUCCGUUCAGUCUACUAAACAAUGAGAAUCCAGCACUUGAUCUGCUCCCGGCCAUGUCUGCCUUGUCUUUUGAGCCUGCCACAGAAGCUGGCUACAAAAUUAGUGUGUUCUCUCAAUAUCCAGCAGCAUUUCCAGAUUCACCAAAGGAAGGGACCUCAGCAAACAGCUUCUUGUGUGACUGGGGGAAGAAUACGGAAAAGGAAUCGGAUCUCAGAAGGUCCUCAUUGGCUGGAAUAAUCAACACAGCUGGUAGAGCAAAAUGUACAAGUCUAUCAGAGCCAUGUACUGAAUCUGGCAUUGUUGAUGUGAGUGGUGCACAACCAAAUGAGCAGAAUGAAGUCCAGGUAUCUAAAUCGUUCACUCCAGUUAAUGACUUUAGCUCCAAGAGAAAACGAUCCCAGAGCCUGGGAAGGAUCCAAGCCAAUGUUCUUCACAAGGAAUAUGACAACCUGGCAGAUAAGUUUGCUGAAGCUGUGGCAACCAGCCCUGCUGGUUUUGGAAGGAAAGCGUUUGAACUGGAGGAUAUAUUAAGCACAUUAACUUCGGAUCCAUUUAUGACACGGAAGGAGCUUCCUCGCACACCAGAAAGCUUACUUUCAGAUAUAAGAAUUUCAUGGAGAAAAGCUGUUGUGGAAGGAGAAGCACAACAGGCAAGAUUGUCAGGAAAACAGAGUUUAGAUGAGGCUGAGGAGCCACUUGACAAUUGGGUGGAUUCCAGCAUAGCUUGCUUUAUGUCGCCGCAAGGCUCUGAACUUGAAGAGACUUUGUCAGACCCAGUUAAUAAAUUGGCAAAUUGGAUGGACUUUCCUACACUGGAAACACCUGUAGCCAGUUGUGAGACAAAGACAUUGUUCAAGACAGGAAGAAUAGCAGACAUACAAAGUAAGGUUUCCUCACGGAAUAGUGCAAGUAAUGGAGCAGGGCGCCCAGGUCAUGACCCUGUAAUAGAACAUAAAUUAAGCCCUGAAGUGUCUUUCUUAAAUAUGAAACCAGCUUUACAAGCUGACAGACAUUUGCCAAACAGAAAACUGACUGAUUCUUGUGGAUUGUUAUACGGGCAAGAGAGUAGUUCACUGCACUCCACAGUAUCUUGGAAUUCUACUCGCAUGCUUGGAAUUGAAGACAGUGCUGACAGCAGCGAUAUUGUCCAAUUUGGAAUCUCCAAUGAAACACUCCCUGAAAUGCUUGGCCAUGAGAGUCUUAACAGUUCUGGGAGACUUUGUUCUGAAGAUGGACUUGGAUCUGAAGAUGAAGGCAUGGAUUGCAAUAAAGUGACAGAAAAGGAAAACUACUGUCUUGCAGCAAACCUGGCAGAGGUUCGUAAAGAGCCAAGGGUAGACUUGCAGUCGCUUCGCAGCAGGUAUGAGAAAAUCAAGCAGGCCUAUUCAGAAACCUUGCCCCCUGAAGAGGUUGAGGAGGCACAUGUGGAGACUAGUCUCCAGUCUGUUGAUGUAAACCCAGAACCUGCGCAAUGGGAGAAAGCGGAUCGGGUGUUCACUUUGGAUCUGGACUUCUUGGAAACCCUGACUCCCACCAGUAAAGAUAAGAGAUUGACUCUCCCAAAGUUGGCAACAUUUUCUCCAUUGAAUGAUGUUCGGAGUGUUCUGGGUGAUGGAGCAGAAGAUUUUGAUCUCAUCUGAUCUAAUGGGAGUCUACAGCUGUAGUGAUUAAGUGUACAACUUUGGGGAAUUUUUACUGUAUAACAAAAGCUAACUGCUGCCAUCAUUUGUUUCACUGUUCUGUUAAAUUGUUUUGUUCAUGGGCAAAUAACCGUGGUGGUCCUUUAAAGUUCAAGUAAAACUUGUCCUUGAGAGAAACUUCCAUAUUUCUAUAUUCAAGCCACUGGAAAAUAAGCAACAGCUUCCAUGUUAAGGGAUGUAUGCAACAGUAGUUACAAACCUUUUUUUUUUUUUUUUUGUUCUUG